AUUCAGUCAGCCACUGACGCCAGUCACGGAGUCCCGCAAUUCAGUUCGGUUUUUGUGUUCGUGCGCGACGCAACGUAAUGGCGGCAGCGCUUGUUGCUUUUGGUUCUAAGCGAAUUGUUGCUGCUGCUUCUGUUGCUUGAGACUUUGGCGUCAUUUCGGCCAUUCGCGCUGUCAGUUUCCAUUGGCCGGCAGCGGCGCUUGCUGCCCGUUUACCGUUUCUUGUGCGUCUCUUCAACGGGAAUGUGCUUGGGCACCUCAUUUGCGCCAUUCAAACGAUUUGUUUAUGUGAAAUAUCAAUUGGAAUGUGCCCCGCACGCGAAUAAUGCGCACUAUAAACGCAGCAAUUAAUUAACUGUGUAUCGAGACGCUUUCUGAAAUUAAUAGAGCUGCGAGGCGUGUGCGUAACAUACCAACACAAUUUGUUGUGCGUGUGUGCGUGAAGAAGAAGAAAAAGUGCCGCUAAUGCAAAUGUGUAAAAAUUUGUGCACAUAAGUGAAUUUCGUCGAGGUAGUUAACUGUUUGUAUUUGCCAUUGCUAUUGCCCAGCUAAAUGUUAAUUUCAUCACCUCGGGAACUCGACAACACGGGCAACCAGACCGACUCGCUAAAGUUGUUGUCCCAUCCGCUGGCUGUAGAUAAUUAAAUUUCAACCGCAAAGCGAGCGCCAUGUAAUCACGCUGCAAUUAAAAUUUGCUUAUGCCAAAGUGUGUUUAGAUUAAGUUACACCGGCCAAACUUCGCCUACCAUAAGAAAAGAGUCGUAGAAGAAAAUUACUCUGCCAGCAAAAUGGAGUUUAACAAUUUGGCCUGGCAGCGAAGUCGCCUGGACAUGAAGCGCUCGGCGUUAAGUGAGGAGCGCCUGUAUUACAUAGCGGCACAGCAGCCGCUGUUGCGCAACGAGGACGACUAUCCGGAUGCUGCGGAGGCGCUGCUGUACAACGGCAGCUCUACGGAACAGCCGAUGCAAGCCGAGGAAGCCAGCUAUCCAUCGACCACGCCCGCCUUCAAUGUGACCGUAUUGCUUAACUUUAGCUGCACCGACUCCAGCUCCCAUUCGGAUGAUCUGUGGUCCAGCGACUACUUCAAGAGCGUCGUCUACCUGCUCUACAUACCCAUCUUUAUAUUCGCCUUGCUCGGCAACGGCAUCGUCUGCUACAUCGUGCAAUCCACGCCGCGCAUGCGCACCGUCACCAACUAUUUCAUCGCCAAUCUGGCUCUGGGCGACAUACUGAUGUCGCUCUUCUGCGUGCCCUCCUCCUUCAUCUCGCAGUACAUUCUCAACUACUGGCCGUUCGGCAUCGUUCUAUGCCACUUUGUCAACUACUCGCAGGUGGUCUCCGUCCUGGUCAGCGCCUACACCCUGGUGGCCAUCAGCAUCGAUCGCUACAUAGCCAUCAUGUGGCCGCUGCGACCUCGCAUCACCAAGCGAUAUGCCAAAUUUAUCAUCGCUGGCGUUUGGUUUAUCGCGCUGGCAACCGCUUUUCCCAUACCCGUCGUCUCCCGACUGGAGGUGCCCAGCUCCAUAUGGCACGAGAAGUGCGAGAAAUACAUCUGUCGCGAGGUCUGGCCCUCGGCCGAGCAGGGCUACUACUACACGCUGACCCUGUUCACGCUGCAGUUCAUCGUGCCGCUGCUGGUGCUGAUAUUCACCUACACGCGCAUCGCCAUCGCCGUGUGGGGCAAGCGGCCGCCGGGCGAGGCGGAGAACUCGCGCGACCAGCGCAUGGCACGCUCCAAGCGCAAGAUGAUUAAAAUGAUGCUGACGGUUGUAAUUGUAUUCACAAGCUGCUGGCUGCCCUUCAAUAUACUACAGCUAAUGCUUAACGACGAGGAAUUCGCCAACUGGAAGCCAUUGCCCUACGUCUGGUUCGCCUUCCACUGGCUAGCCAUGUCGCACAGCUGCUACAAUCCCAUCAUCUAUUGCUAUAUGAACGCCCGCUUCCGCGGCGGCUUCCUACAGAUCAUGUACCGCGUGCCGGGACUGCGGCGCUGCUGCUGCCUGCACCGCUAUCUGCGCAGUCGCGGCGAGCGCAGCUAUGAAGCUACCGGUGAGAUGACCUUCAAAUACAAUCGCCGAAAUGGCGAUGGUCUAGUAAGGAAACCUAAAAUACGCAUUAGGAACGGAAGAUGCAUUCCACCUACAUCGUGUGAACACCUGCACCACCUACAUCAGCACAAGGCGAAAGCUGCGCACCAAUUCUAUGCAAAUGAGCCAAUUUUCAUGUGCGGAGACCACAGUGUUGCGGUAGCUCCCGAUGUCGCAGAGAUGCCCCAACCCCAGCUACAGCUCCAGCUCCAGCCGCGUCGACCCGCUGCUGCGUUUCACCUGAACGGCGCCAGCUACCUGUGCUCCUCCACUCAGUUCUGAGCUAAGUCGCAAAACCAAAGAUGUGCUGAAUAUCCUCUGUUAGAUAUCUAGUGCACACGUAUAGAGAAACAAAAACCAAACGAAUCUAGUUGAGUGUCUACAUACUUAUAUGGCUAAGUGUAUUCCUGCAUAGAUGUUAACUCAAUGUAAAUGUAUAAAAAUGUAUAUUACAGAUAAUCAUAAAUAAAUGUGCAUAGAAAUUCCA